AUGCAGGCUUCAUCAUUCAUCUAUUAUUUCCUGCUUCUUUCACUGUGUAUUGAUUUGUCUCAAAAUGAAACAAGUGCAGCCCUUAGGAGGCAAAGGAGAAGAAUGAGACACAGAGGGAUGAGGAAAAGCUCCUACGCAGGGCGCCGGGUCCUCAGACAGCCAAGGAUGAAGCUUUCAUCUCCCGCAACACACAGCAUACCUCUCAUAAAUAUUGAUGAUGGUGUUAUGGGAGUAUUUGACUCUCUCAUAGGUCUGGGUGGACAUGAAUCUAGUUACAGUGUCUUACCAGGAAAGAAGGGGCAGUGCACAGCCAAUGGGAUGAUAAUGUUCGAUAAAGCUGUCUGGUCUCCCAAGCCCUGCAUUACGUGUCUCUGUUCAAAAGGAGAAGUGAUCUGUGAUACAACCAUGUGCCACCCCCUGAAAUGUCCCCAAACCAUCAUACCUGCAGGAGAAUGCUGCCCAGUUUGUUCUGACACUGCCUCCUCACUGGAUUCAAAUACUGUUUCACUGGGUGACAUAACUGAAUUGUCUGGUGAUUCGCCAGAACCCAACGACCUCGACAACAACCCCAAGGUGCUGUCAACUCACACUGAAAAGGAUGAACCGUUUAGAAUAGAAGUGGUAGAGAUUGAAGAGAUUCUUAAGAAAGGUGAAAAGAGGAGAAAAAAGAAAGGCAAAAAAAAUCAUCAGAAGCAUAAGGCCUAUCAGAAAGAAGAGAAGCCCGAUGGAAAGGAGGAUGAGGAAAGAAGGAGAUUAUUUGAAGAGGAAGAGCUGCAACUUGAAAAAGACCUAAUAAAGAAGAGGCAAGAAAUAAGAACAAGAGAGAGAGACGCAGAGGAACAGAAUGAAAGUGAUGAAGAUGAUGAUACUUUCCCCAUUCCUGUGCCACCAAUAGAAGCUCCUCCUUUGCCAGCUGCAUGUUCCACCUCAGAAUCCACAGUAAGCUGUAUUAACGCCAAACUUACACAAAUACCCUCUGAUCCAGAUCUAACAAGUCUAGACCUUACAGGAAACAUUAUUACCACCAUCUCCAAUGAAGCUUUCAAUGGGAUACCUAAUUUGGAAUGGAUCGAUUUAAGUAAAAAUAAUAUUUCCUCCUCUGGCAUAGGUCCAAACGCAUUCAAAACCCUGAAAAAGCUGAAGCGUUUGUAUUUGGAUGGAAACACGCUGGUACAUAUUCCCUCCGAACUGCCAUCAACUUUGGAAGAAAUAAAAAUAAAUGACAACCAACUCCAUGCCAUUGAUGAAGAUGCCUUGAAAGGUUUAAAGAACCUGGUCACCUUGGAAUUGGAAGGAAAUAAACUCAGUGAAGCAAAUGUCAGUCCUUUGGCCUUCUACCCCUUGAAAAGUCUCUCAUAUUUGCGACUAGGAAGAAAUAAGUUUAGAAUUAUCCCCCAGGGUCUUCCCACCACACUUGAGGAGCUCUAUCUUGAAAAUAAUCAAAUUGAAGAAGUGUCAGAAAUUUGCUUUAACCAUACAAGAAAAAUAAACGUCAUUGUGCUAAAGCAUAACAAAUUAGAAGAACACAGAAUAGCACCUCUGGCUUGGAUAAACCAAGAGAACCUGGAAUCAAUUGAUCUCUCAUACAAUAAGCUGUAUCACGUUCCCUCCUACCUGCCAAAAUCUUUACUCCACCUGAUACUUAUAGGAAAUCAGAUUGAAAGGAUUCCAGGAUAUGUCUUUGGUCAUAUGAAGCCAGGUUUGGAGUAUCUCUACCUGUCCUUCAACAAACUUACUGAUGAUGGAAUAGAUCCAGUAUCAUUUUUUGGAGCAUACCACUCUCUGAGAGAGUUGUUUUUGGAUCACAACGAUUUAAGGUCUGUACCAUUUGGAAUUGAAGAAAUGAGAAAAUUACGUUUUCUACGACUAAACAACAAUAAAAUAAGGACGGUCCCUCCAGAACGCAUCUGCAAGACUCACCUCCAUGAUGAUGAUGUUCAUUACAACAGUGAAGAGGAUGAGAGUGAAGAUUCACGUUUGGAACACGUUCAUCUUGAAAACAACUACAUCAACACAAGACAGCUAUCACCACAUUCGUUUUCAUGCAUAAGGUCCUACUGCAGUGUUGUUCUUAAGCCACAGAAGACCAAAUAAAUACCCAAUUGCAGAAGUGUCUUCCUAGAAAAACAGUACUAUAUAGGUUUGCAGUCUAAUUAUAUCUUCUUCAGAACGGAUGGGAAUAAAGGAUGAAAUGGCUUAACGCUGACAUUUUGACCAGUUUGAAAGGCACAUAAAAGCUGUAAGCAACUGCAUACCAUAAAAACCCUCUGGGGAUACAUACCAACUACUGAACUGCAAUUUUUUCCCUCACUCUAAAUGGAUUCAUGAUGCAUUUCCCAAACAUCUCAAUCUACUGCCAGCAAACACACUGUGUAAUCAGCAUAAGAAUUGUUCAUGGCCACUUAACAGCAAAGCCCUCAAACAGACAUUUCAGCACAUUAUGGAUAUAAUACAGAAACACCUGAAUUCUGUUUUUUCUGAAGCUAUACAGUAACGAUAAAAACAAAACCACAAGGUCAAAGUCAAAGUUCUCUCAUCCAAAUUAACUGUCGCCUGCAAGGAACAAUGUUACUUCAUUGUGCAGGGAGUCAAAACAUAAUCUCUAUGUAAGAAACAUUCCUAAGGCAUGUGGAGUUUUGUAAAACAAUUGCUUUGGAUAUUUUGUUUAGUAAAGUGUGUUCAGAAGUCAUAUUGUAGUGAUUUGUAUCUAUAAUAUGUGUUUUUUCACUUUUAAGAUAUCAUAAAAGUGAAUUUUAUGCAAA